AUGAGUGACAUUGAGGAACAGAAUGAUGAAAUUUGUGUUUUGAAAAGUAUUUAUACCAAUGAAGAAUUACAGAUUGAAGAAAGUAAUUCUAAUUGUAUCAGUGGACAAUUUCUAGCAUUUGUUCCUAUUCCUUCAGACUUUAAGAUAACCUACAAGUUAAUGGAGUUAGAAGGCAAUACUGAUGAGAUACCAACAGAAUCAAUACCCAUAUCAUUUUUACCUCCCAUUAUAUUGUCAUUCAAGUUGCCAACUGAUUAUCCAUCAAAAGAAAUGCCAGAUUAUCAGAUUUCAUGUCCAUGGUUAACAUAUUCUAAGAUGAAAAUACUUUGCAAGAAGAUGGAUGAACUUUGGAAAGAGAAUAAAGGGAUGGUAAUUCUUUACAUAUGGACUCAGUUUUUAAAAGAAGAAUCAAUGUCUGUUUUAGGAAUAGGGGAUACAUUGGACUUGACAGGGUUCUAUGUAAAUGAGUUGAAAAAAUUUGGAAAAACAUCUAAAAAAUCAGAGCUUCUAAAUGACUCCCCUGAGGUUCAUAAAACUAAGCUAAGGCCUUCAGUUGAGGAAAAGAUUAAAAGAAACAGCAAGCAAUAUAUCAAACAUAGAAUUACACGAUACCAUGUCAAUAUGCAUUUACAUCAAUAUCUCAAAGCGUAUAAUGAAGAUCGUGCUAAGACAGUCUUCCUCAAAGGGCUUUAUCUAUGUAGUAUAUGUUAUACAGAAAAGCUAGGAUUGAAUUGUAUCCAGUUUAAACCAUGUGAUCAUGUGUACUGUCGAGAUUGCAUUAGAUCUUAUUUUGAAGUGAGAAUUAAGGAUAAUAGUAUACAGACAAUGCCUUGCCCGUAUCACAAGUGUAUGUCUGAGGCCUUACAAAAUCAGAUCCGUGAAGUUGUCGGGGCCAGUUUAUAUUCUAGGUAUGACAAACAAUUACUCGCAGCUACUUUAGAUAAAAUGCAAGAUAUUACUUACUGUCCUCGCACUGUAUGUGGAUGCCCUGUCAUGAGGGAUACUGAUGAAAAAAUGGCAGUCUGUCCUUCGUGUUCCUACGUAUUUUGUGUGUUCUGUAAAAUGACAUACCAUGGUGUAGAACCGUGUCGCCUUAAGAAUGAAGAAAAAAUGAAAUUGCUAAAUGAAUAUGAAGGUGGUGAUGAAAACACGAAAUUAAGGCUUGAAAAGCGAUAUGGCAAAAAGCAAAUACAACUGUUGCUUCAAGAUGUUAAAUCUGAAUCCUGGAUUUCGACCAACAGUAAGCCUUGCCCCAAUUGCAACAUUGCUAUCGAGAAAAUUGAUGGUUGCAACAAGAUGGCCUGUUGGAAAUGCAACACCUUCUUUUGCUGGCUGUGCCUUAGCGUGUUGGAUCCACAGCUCCCUUAUUAUCAUUUCUUGGAUCCUCAAUCGAAAUGUCAUUCUCAACUUUUUGAAGGAAUAUUCGAUCAUGGUAAUCAGGAUGUUGAAGAAUUAGAAGAUGAUUUCAUUGGGGAUGAUGAUGAAUAUUAUGAAGAAGACGAGGAUGAUGAGGAUGCUGAUUUUUACUUUGUGAUAUAG